CAAAAUUCAUUUAUGUUAGAUGGAAUAGUAAACAAAAACAUUUGGGUAUUUUUUGUUAUAAUUUUGUUUCCAUUCGAUUAAAAACUUAAAUAACAAUACAAUUUGCCAUUUGUUGUAUUAAGAAAAACCAUGGGUGGCAAAAGCUAUUGGUGUGAUUAUUGUGAGUGUUUUAUGAAAAAUGAUAUAAAUGUUCGUAAAAACCAUAAUAUAGGAACUUCUCAUAACAUCGCCAAAGCAAAUUACUUACAAAAGUUCAAAGACCCUGAACAAAUAAUAGUCGAAGAAAAAAUAAAAAUUCCAUGCAAGAAAAUUUCAAACAAUUUGGAAUGCUCAUUCGGAUUUUUCUGCCGGUUUAGUCAUUACACUCCUGAUGAAUUGAACUAUUUGCAGUUUUUAAUUGAUAAAAACCGAUUUAAAAAAGAAAAGGACACAAGAGAAACAGAUCCUUUACCUUGGAAUAACUCCAAAAGACGCAAACAAAUACCGCAACCAACACCAACGUCACUACUGCCAAUUGAUUUUGAAAGAAUAGAUGACUCCUGCUUCAAUAGCCAAUGGGGCUGAUCAAUUGCAAAAUAAAUGUAUGCCAAAGGAAUAUAAAAUAAUGAAAGAGUUCUUUUUAGCUACCAA